GCCAGUCGCAGCGGCUCGACCAAUCAGUCGUUGGCGCUGAUCGCGCUCAUCGCGCGCCUCGGUCGCUCUGGUAUUUCUAUCGCGUUUUAACCUCAAUCGUGUCGUCGUCCCGUCGCGUCUCGUUCUAACCUCAAUAUUACUGUCUCACUCUCUCGCGCGGACGCUUCCUCCCGACUUCCUCUCUUUAUCGCGUGCAGCCGUUCCUCCUCAUCCUCCUCCUCCUCUUCGCGACUAUCUUCCUGUCGCGUACGUACAGACCGCGCCAUCGGUUCCUCCGUCCCUUCCUGCCGCGCGCUCGUUCAACGUCUCUCCCUCUCUUCAGCUCUCUCUCCCUCCCGUGAAUUGUCGCUUGUAGUAUAUCGUCGCACGGUUUUACGUGCUCCCGUGUGCAUUACGGACUGCUUCAGGCUCCAGGAUGCAAGCUAUCAAGUGCGUGGUCGUUGGCGACGGAGCGGUGGGUAAAACAUGUUUGCUGAUAAGCUACACUACCAAUGCGUUUCCCGGGGAGUACAUUCCAACGGUGUUCGACAAUUAUUCCGCCAAUGUAAUGGUCGACGGUAAGCCGAUUAAUCUCGGCUUGUGGGAUACAGCGGGACAGGAGGAUUACGACAGACUACGGCCAUUGUCUUAUCCACAAACUGACGUUUUUCUGAUCUGCUUCUCGUUGGUAAACCCGGCGAGUUUUGAAAAUGUACGUGCCAAAUGGUAUCCUGAAGUGCGUCAUCAUUGUCCCGCUACUCCGAUUAUUUUGGUCGGCACUAAACUAGAUCUGCGCGAGGACAAGGAAACUAUUGAACGUUUAAAAGACAAAAAACUCGCUCCCAUUACUUAUCCACAGGGUUUGGCGAUGGCGAAGGAGAUCGGUGCCGUCAAAUAUUUGGAGUGCUCAGCCCUGACACAGAAAGGCUUGAAGACUGUAUUCGAUGAGGCGAUACGUGCCGUAUUGUGCCCUGUUCUGCAAGUGAAGCCAAAGCGCAGAUGUUUCCUUCUAUAAUAUUAAAUGUAAUCUUUAUGCACGGUGGUACCGGGAUGUGUUGAAGUGCAUUGUCUCAUCUCCAGUGUACCGAAUCGAAUACAGGACGAGUUACCGACAUCGGAACCCCAGUUGUACAGCCUACAUCAGUAUCAACAGGCUGCAAACAUCUGCCAGCAUAAGCGCACAAACAUCAGUUUGGUGUAUCUUUCAGCGAACGAGACAAGAGAAAGAUAGAAACAGAGAGAGAGAGAAAAAGAGAGAGAGAGAAUGAGAAAGUUUGAGAAUUAUUAAUUCAUAUAACACAAAUUUCUCCUCUUAUGCUCCAACAUUAGAGGAAUCAAUCGAGGAGAUUUCGUGCUGUCUACGCAAACAAAACUCCCUCUCUAGAUGGAUACUUGGAUCACAUAAUAGGGCUAUAAAUUGCAAUCUGACUGGAUGUUCUAAGCGAUAGGAGUGUAAAAGAAGCCAAAAUGUAACCGAACUAAUGCUGUACAGUAUAUAUGAGAGAGGGAGAGAAAGAAAGAGAGUACAUUAUUAAUAUUAUAAUUAAUAAUUUUAUAUAUAUGUGUGUGUGUGUAUAUAUAUAUAUGUAUAUAUAUAUAUAUGUGUGUAUAUAUAUAUAUAUAUAUAUAUAUAUAUAUAUAUAUAUAUAUAUUGGUAAAGAGAAACAAAUAUUACUAUGUAAUUGUAUAAGCGUCCAAACAUUGUAUACUGAUCAGUUUAAUCAAAGAAAAAACCAUUUUAUGCUAUUUGCCAUUGUGUACAUUUUAGGUAGGACAUACAUAGUUAAUGCAUUAAAAAAAAGAAAAGAAACUGUAAUUUUCCUUAUUGCGAGAUUUCCAUAUGCAUCAAAACACACACACGUGUGUGUGUGUGCGUGUGUGUGUGUGUGUGGAGAGAGAGAGAGAGAAAAUAUUUUUUAGAGAUAUGCAUAGUACGUGGCAAAUCUGUUUGGACGAUAUUCAUCUAGAUGUUCAUUAAAUGUGAAUUAACUAUAUUCGCGCGUAUACACAUAUAUGCAUACAUACACAGACAUGUUACACACAUAACACUUUUUUAUGUACUUAGAACAAUCUUGUAUAUUUUCUUCUGAUUCAGAAUAUUCAGGAUAUUCGAUAUUUGUUAAAAAUUGUCACGUUAUAUAUUUUCACAAAUCAGAUCUGUGUUGGAUUCUAAAAUAUAGAUUUAAUGAGUUUGAUUAUGAACGUGCUAAGCUAAUCUAAAAAGAAUUGUAUAUAAAAUUUUAUUGAAAAAAGCAGGGAAGAGUGAAUUUAAAGUGGCAUUAGACGAAUAUUCGAAUGCUAUUCGACAUGUAAUGUGCACGUCCGAUAUUUAAAUUCUGUUUAUAUACCUGUUUAGCGAUAGUCAUUUUAUUGUGAACUCGUGUAAGUAUAAAGAAACGAGCGAUAUAAAUGCCGAUUAAUCAACAGUUAUAUUUUCUAAAUGGGAUCAGUAAGUAGUAGUAGCAGAAACAGCAGCAGCCACAGAACAUAGCUUCCUUCUUUCACUAAAUUUAUCAGUUCUAUCAUAUACAUACCGUAAUUUUAAGAUAGUUACUGUACAAGUUUCAAUGUAUGUGAUUGAUUUAUUCAUACAUACAUACAUACAUAUAUAUAUAUAUGUGUGUGUGUGUGUGUAUGUAUGUAUGUAUGUAUGUAUAUAUGUACGUAUGUAUGUAUAUCACCUUAAAUGUCAAAUCAAGUUUAACGAUUCUUCUGCUUCAUAGCGUUUACAGCAAGUUGCAGAGAUCUUGCGAGAUGUAACUAGCAUGUACUAAACAUUAUGUUCUCUCAUUAAAAUUAUCGUGUCACAGGUCACAGAUUAAAGCCAACAAGUAUUGCCAUGUUUAAAAAAAUUGGAUAACUUGCUACUGAAGCAGAGGACGACAUGAAUGCUUAUAUGUAUGAAAGAAUCGAUGAGUCAGUGUGGGUGAAUGAAAGUGAGAGAUCAAAAAAGAUGAGUGAACGAGUGAGAGAGAGAGAGAGAGAGAGUGUGAGUGAGUGAGUGAAAGAAAGAAUAAAUGAGAAAGUGUCACAAGUACAUACAUAAUGAGAGAGAAAGAGAAAGAAUAUUCUAUAGAACGUAACAAAUGUGUACAUAAUUGCUUCAAAUGUAUUUCUACUUAUUACCACAUAUAGUACAUGUAGUAUGUGCAUCUAUUAUAAGUGGUAAUAUGAGAUGUUUACAUACAAGCAUACACCUACAUAUAUAUAUACACAUACACACACAUACACACACACAUAAAUACACACACACCCAUAUAUAUAUAUAUAUAUAUAUAUAUAUAUAUAUAUAUAUAUAUCGCUGAUCAAUUAAAUCGAAUACGUUACUUGUUUUUUAUAUAUAUUAUAAAUAUAUAUAAAUCGGGGCUAGACCAAGACCUAACUCAAUUGUCGCAAAUCUAUUAACCUGUGCAAUCUGUUUUCAGAGGACGAAAAUUCGGUCCACAGAAAAGAUCAUAAAAAUAUUGUAACUAAAUAUGCUUUAUUAAAUGGGUGUUUACUAAAUAUUCGAAACUAUUCUUUGUCGAGAGAACAAUCAUCUCUCUCGUGAUUAUACAGCUUGUAUUAUGCGGCGGUGUCGAAAAAUGUAUUAAUCAACGCCGAAAUCUGAUCGGGCGUAUACUUGACAUAUUUACUCGGAUUCUUCGAAAACGACACGCUGCGAUAUUUGUUAUGAAACGCAGUGUAUAAAGGAACGAUUGCUUCGUGCAAUUCCUUUCUCAGCUCUUCGCGUAAACGUCUAUCAGGUACAGAGUAAGAACGUUGACACUUGGCCACUUCCUCGAGUUCUCUUGUAAAUCCCAGAAAUUUUUCCUUUAAUGUUUUGGCGGCAAGAUCUAUGAGAGGAAAUACAUACGAAAAUUAUUUAAACAAGA